AUGAGCUAUCGACUCGAAUACUCAAAGGUAGGAUCUUCACCUCUGCCCUAUCGAUACGCGUGCUGGUGAUUGACAGGCGCUGACGCUGUCGGCAUGUGCCCCACUUGCACAAUGUGACGUCGCUCCGCAGAGCGCGCAAGCAGGAUGCAAAGGUAUGCGAUAUCCCCGGAACCUCUCCUUCGAGAUCCGCCGACUGAUUUGAUUAACUCUUCUCCGUUUGUGUGCAGGCCCUAAGCCUUGCUCAGGUACUAAAAUCGGCAAGGCAGGUCCAGCUCCGACGACCUCCUGUCACUGCGUCAGCCAUGUCAAUUAUCUAACCCCAGUCGCUGUGGGGGUUUGCAGGGAGAGUUGCGUUUUGGAACAGUGGUAGACAUCAGUGAGUUUGAUCAAACAGAGCUGCUUCCCCCCAGUUGACGGUACACUGACCGUUGGCUUUAUUGAGUCGAUGUUUCGUAGUGGGGAGGACGAGCUUCCAAUGGAGGCACUGGGGCUGUCUCACCAAGACCGUCCUGGCCAACGUCAAGAACAGUCAGUAUUUAAACCGUGGGAAUCAAUGAUUACAGGCUAACGAAGUGGCCGUCUCGGAACAUACAGAGAUCGACAAACCGGAGGAAAUCGACGGUGAGUCUGCGAGGGUAUGAUAUCUCAUCACUCGGCGACUGACACCACCCUACGAGUGUCUCAGGUUUCGAGGACCUCAGGGAACAAGAUCAGGAGCGAGUGAAGAAGGCUUACGAGACGGGACACAGUGAGCCUAGUUUGUGGCUCAGCUGUGACAAGACGUCCUGCCGAGGCUGAUACGCCGAAUCUUUCGAUUGCCCUGCGAGCUCUUAGUUGCUCCUGAAGGUAGGUUGGUUCAGUCGUGUAUCCUCAUCGAAGAUACAAGCUGAUUCGAUGAUACAUCAUCUGCAGACAUCCCCGAGUCAGCCAAGGUCAAGGGCGAAGACGGUGACGAGUCGCCGGCGGACGAAGGGCGUCCCGCCAAAGAGGGACACAGUUCGCCCAACAAGAAGAAGGCGCCUGCUCCCAAAGCCAAAAGCAAGAGCAAGAAGGCGAAAGCCGAAGAUGAGGAAGAGUUGGAGGAGGAAAAGCCCAAAAAGAAGAAGGCUGCGGCGCCGGCCAAGAAGCGUGCCAAGAAAGAAGCUACACCCGAUGAGGAUUCGGAGGAAGAGGCUGAGGCUGUUUCGACUGACGAGGAGGUGAGCAUCCAGAGCUCACGACCUGUCACACCUUUGCGGUUGCUGAUCGUGGGGUUUCCUCUUCACAGGAGAAACCCAAGAAGAAGAAGGCUCGUUCGUCCAAAUCCAAGUCCAAGUCCAAAAAGAGGAACUCCGAGUUCAAGGCGAGUUUUCACCUGGGUUUCGUCUCAUCCCCGCCCCACGUCUUGAAGCUAAUCAUGAGGUAUCCGCUUCCUUUCCCAGGCUGAUUCACCUGCUCCGACCCCGCGGAAGCCGUCGACAAGGACGACAGCCAACAAGGCCUCGAUGAAGGAAGAGGACGACGAUGAUGACGAGUGA